UCUGACUAUUCGCAUCCAGUGGCGUUGUUUAUCAACAAAAACUACACUGCGGCUAGAAAAUGGAAAGCACUGCGGCCGAAAUAUCGAAUAUUUGCAGAUUUUGUCUGUGCCAGAAUGAGAAACUGCUCAUCCCGGUGCGGAAAACGCUAAAUUCUUCACUCGACCUGGACGACCUGGCACGGUUCACCGGUAUCGAGAUUAGCACGGAGCACUCUGCCCUGUACGUGAUGUGUCUCGAGUGUACCAGCAGGCUUAAAAAAUCGGCCGACUUUCGGAACUCGUGCAUCAGCAAUGACGCCCUCUUCCGGGAGCUGUUUUCCCUCCACAGUGCCGAGCCGGGCGAAGCCGAGUUCGUCGACGACAGUCCCGCGCAUAUCGUCAAGACGGAAGCGUUUGAAAUUGAAUUUGUCCUGCCGCAACACGACGAACAGACAACCACCGACUACGAACAGUCCGAGGAGGGGCAAGAACAGGAAGAGCGGCUCGAUUCCGGUGCAUCGGACGGCAGGGAACAGGCCGAAACGGCCAGCUGGGAACAGUGCGUCGAUAGUGUGGUGACAAUCAAAGCGAACAGUUUCAGCGAAGAGGAGGAGUACAUUGACCAACCGUCGCCAUCGACGAGCGAGCAGAAAACGAAAGCUGUUUCCCGGCCGCGCGGCACCAAACAGACGCGCACGGGCAACCGCGCCAAGCAGCUGUGCGGGACUUGCGGCAAGCUGGUGAACAAUUUACCACGCCACAUACUGAGCCACAGGCAGGACGCGAAACGAGCGUGCCCUCACUGUCCCGUGGAAAUGGUCGAUCAUUCGAAUCUCCUGCGGCACAUCGAAGCGGUCCAUCUGAAGAAGAUAGUGAAGACGUGCGAACAGUGUGGCAAAGGGUUUACGCACAACAAUACCUACAAAUCGCACAUGCGUUCCCACCAUGGUAUAGGCGAUACGCACAAAUGUAACGUCUGUAAGAAGGAAUUCAAUCACCCAGGCGGCUUAAGGGAUCACUUUAAGCGGUUCCAUAGCGAUGAGUACAACUUCAAAUGUGCGUUAUGCGGGAAACAAUUUAAACUGAAACAAGAACUCAAAGUGCACGAAAGAGUGCACUCCACCGAUCAGCCCUAUGCCUGCAGCCAGUGUCCGAAGCGCUUUAAAAGUGGAUUCGCCAGAAAAACGCACGAACUGACGCACUAUGGCAUUGUUUUCGGGUGUAGGAUUUGUAAAAGGUCGUACCGAUACAAAUCGCUUCUCACGAUGCACAUGAAAAAGAUGCACCCAGAAGAGGUGGCAAAGGAUGAAGAUGCGGUCAAACUAGAGGCCCAAUAGAAUGGCAUCGGGAUCUGGUCAAAUAUUCUGCCGCAAACCUAGGUGUUUGCUUUUCCAAUAUGUUUAAUGCUAAUUGACACUGCUAAAAUUCAAAUUAAACUUUCAUUUAGUUGUUUUUGUGUACAAAA